CUCAUCAUAUUAGAAGUUCAUCCUCUUCAGCAGGGGGGGGGGGGGGUCAUGUGAACAUAUAGUUCCAUUAACUGUAGAAUCUCCUUCAGCACUAAGUUCAUGUGUCACACUGUCCUCUGCUCCCCGGUGACUGGACCCGAGGACAGGGCGUCUUUAAACUGGGGGAACCGGGACAGGACACGGUGGAGCUCCGGGGAGCAGAAGCAGCACCAUGGAGUGAAUGACCUGGUCACCUGUGGAGGAGACGCUGCAGGACCUCCUCCUCCUCCAUCCUCCUCCUCCAUCCUCCUCUUCAUCAUCACACCUUCACGGUCCACACACUUCCUCCAGCAGCAAACCCACAACACCCAGCGGGUAGAGGGAGCGAGCAGCGGGGCUCGACAUCACCAUGAAGGGGCAGGAACCGUCCUCCUGGAGCCGAGCAGCCGAGCAGCGGAGCGGCUUCUCCUGCUGAGCGGGAGACAGGAGGAGGAGCAGCGGAUGGACGCCAGCCUUGGAUCAGACACCAGCAACAACAACCCUCCUCCGACUGGGAGCAGCUCCGAGUUUAAUCAUUAUUAUGGAAGAGGAGGGUCUUGUUCUGAUCAACAUGGCGGACAACAAAGCCCAGGGACUGGGGUGACAGCGGCGCUCUCGGUACACGGCACCAUGGACCAGGUUCACAACUCCCGCGAAGGCUACAACAACAGCCCGUACAACCACUACCCGAACUACCGACCCGGCAACGGGACCAGUGGAUACGGAGGCUUGAUGAGUCCCUCCCGCCAGGGAAACAACCUGACGGGCCCGGGCAGCGGCAGCUCAGCCGCGGCUAUCCACAGCAAAGCGGCUAUGGCAGCUACCAGCUCCCCGGCUGGAGGCGGCGGCAGCGGAGGAUUCCAGCGGUUUCAGGGGCUGCACCCGUCCGGGGCCACGCCGACUUUGAACCAGUUAUUAACGUCUCCGAGCCCGAUGAUGCGGGGAUACGGAGGAGGAUACACCGACUACAACAGCCCGUCCGCUCCACAGCAGCCCGGCAUGGGACCGGCUAAAGACCUGGGCUCCAUGUUCGGCUCCGCGGCUCGCGGCUGGGGGGGACAUCAGAGAAGCCACCCGGUCAUGAGCCCCGGCAACAACGGGCAGGGCGGCGGCAGGUCCCCGGUGCCGCCCAUGGACCCCAUGGUGAUGAAGCGUUCUCAGCUCUAUGGUGUGAGCAACAACCCGUACUCCCAGCAGCAACAGCAGCAGGGGGCGCCAUACCCGGGUAUACCCUAUAGCACCCCCACCCCCCACAGAUACCAGAUGGGGAUGCCCAGCAGGGGGCAGAUGGGGAAGGGAGGGAUGCAGUACCCUCAGCAACAGAUGAGCUCUCAGUACGAUCCGCAGCAGCAGAACGUGGGCGGUUACUGUCAGCCGGGUCAGCCUCCGUACUUCAGCCCCCCACAGCAGCAGCCCGCCGCCCCCAGCCAGCCCCCAUACAUGCAGCCCCGCCCACUGCCACAACAGGAGGCGCCGCAGGAGGCGUUUGGGGGCCGCAGCCAGUCUGCUGCUAUGACUCCUGGGAAACCAAACCUCGAGGAGAUGAGUCUGAGCCAACAGGAGAGACCGUCCAGUCUCCCG